AUUCAGACACCUUGGUCAACAAAAAAAGAUCAAGCUGAGGAGUUACUUCCCAACCAAAAAUUUCCUAAAUUAUAUCCUUUUUUAAUUAUUACAUGAAACCCUCGAAUAGUUUUUUCUUGAUAAUCUCUCACAUUGUUGAAAGAAAAUAAAAAUAAAAAUCGUGCUGCCAACAACCCUUAGUGUCUGCCCACCAACUGGCAACUGUUUGUUAAAAUUCCCCAAGGAAAACCCAAUUUGAUUUGGGAACAUCGAAUGAUCUCAAACGAAUGAUCUCAAAAUGGCUCUGAAGGCAAUUGUGGGCCUCGAUGGGGGAUUUCAGCAGUUGGGUAUGAGGGAUUUGAUGAAGAAUGGGCAUUUGGGUGGUGGGUCUUUGCGCCGGAGAUUGGAGGUCUCUAAGUUUGGGAGAUUGGAGUGUGAAGGAGUUAAGAUGAAGCCUGUGGAUGGUGAUGAGAAUGUGGAGGUGAAGAAGAAGGAGAUGGGAAAUGGCGGUUCGGGUGAAGAGCUCAAGAAGCGGAGCAGGGAUUCCACUACUCUUCCAAAGCCGUUAUCUGCUACUAAUCUUUCUGAUUCUAGCAAUGGCUCCAAUGUGCGCAUAGCAUUUCAGGGUUCACCGGGUGCAUUCAGUGAGGGUGCCGCCCUUAAAGCAUACCCAGAGUGUGAAACUAUUCCCUGCGAACAAUUUGAAGUUGCAUUCAAGGCAGUUGAGCUUUGGCUAGCUGAUAAAGCCAUUCUGCCAAUUGAGAACACAUAUAGUGGAAGCAUACACAGAAACUACGACCUUCUUCUCUGCCAUGCACUUCACAUUGUAGCCGAGGUACAAUUGUCUGUUGAUUAUUGCCUUAUGGCUCUCCCAGGAGUGAGAAAAGAGGAGCUCAAACGUGUUUUAAGCCAUCCACUGGCACUUGCUCAAUGCCAGGGUGUACUGAGCGAGUUAGGUGUCACUCAGGAGAAUGCUGAUGAUACCGCCGCAGCUGCCCAGAUUGUUUCGUCUAAAGGAUUAAGAGAUGCUGGGGCUAUCGCAAGUGCUCGAGCUGCAUCCAUAUAUGGGCUUGAUACACUCGAAGAAAAAAUUCAGGACAACCACAACAGCAUGACUCGUUUUCUAAUAUUGGCCAGGGAACCUAUAAUUCCGAGGACAGACAGGCCAUUUAAGACUAGCAUUGUUUUCACUUUGGAAGAAGGUCCAGGAGUUAUAUUUAAAGCUUUGUCAGUCUUUGCUUUGAGGAACAUAAAUUUGACAAAGAUUGAAAGCAGACCGCAAAGGAAACAGCCUCUAAGGGUUGUUGAUGGCUCAAACGAUGGGACUGCAAAGUACUUCGACUAUCUCUUCUAUAUUGAUUUUGAAGCAUCCAUGGCAGAGCCUCGGGCACAAAGUGCUUUGUGUCACCUACAGGAAUAUUCAACAUUUCUUCGAGUUCUUGGUUCUUUCCCAAUGGACAUUUACCCAUAAGAACCUCUCUGAUGGAAAUAUUUUGCACAGAAUAGUUCAGUUUAGAUCCUUGGUUUCUGUUGCAGGAGUAAGUAUACAGUAGCUUCAAAACGGGAAAUAUUUCAGAAUCAAUAAAUUUCCCUUUCAACCUCCAAACAAUACUUAAAAGUUCCAAAAGCUGCAGUCAGAUGGCUCUCUUUAAGAUUUGACGGGAGCGCAGCCCUGUCAUUUUUCCAUUAUACCUUUUGCUUUUUAGAACCAAAAAAGAUAUUUCAUAUAUGUGCAGUUUGUUGGUAAUUUUGCAUAGAGACCAACCCGAGUUACAAAUUAUAAUAGCAAGACAUGGGUUACUGUUGUAGUAUACCAAAAUAUUAGUUUUCAUCCAGAGCUCUUUUUCAAAGGCAACAUAUUGAAAACUGAUGCAUCAUUCUCCGGCUGAUGAAAGUUGCAUAUUUUGGUCA